CAGAGCGCCUAGAGCCGGGCAGGAGGCGGCCAGGUCUCCUGCGCAGACGGCCGGGCCGGCGAGCAGCGGGGAGCGCCGGGGAGAAUGAAGACUGUGCAGUCUUUUUAACUGAUGAAGAACAAGCCUUUGUCUUCCUGUAAUUCUGAAGUGAAGUUGAGUCACCCAACAAGAAAAAAACUAAGUCCAGUUAAAAUAUAGGCGUAGGAAUAGAAUGCUGAAACAAACCUCUGGAUUGGCUUCAUUGGCUUUCCUGCUUCUUUUGCAUCCCAAAGCAUAAGCUUAAAUCAUCUCAGAAGGACAAGGUCCGCCAGUUUAUGGCAUUUACUCAGGCUGGCGAAAGAACUGCCAUCUACUGCUUAACACAGAAUGAGUGGAAACUAGACGUGGCCACCGACAACUUCUUUCAAAACCCGGACUCGUUCCACAAGGAAUCCAUGAGAAACACAGUAGACAAGAAGAAGCUGGAGCAGCUGUAUAACAGGUACAAAGACCCACAAGAUGAAAAUAAAAUUGGAAUUGAUGGGAUUCAACAGUUUUGUGAUGAUUUAAGCCUAGAUCCUGCCAGUAUCAGCGUUUUGGUUAUAGCAUGGAAAUUCAGGGCAGCAACUCAAUGUGAAUUUAGCAAAAAGGAAUUUGUAGAUGGCAUGACAGAGCUUGGGUGUGACAGCACAGAGAAGCUGAAAGCUCUUCUGCCAAGGUUGGAGCAAGAGCUCAAGGACACCGUGAAGUUUAAGGAUUUCUAUCAGUUUACUUUUACCUUUGCUAAGAACCCUGGGCAAAAGGGUUUAGAUUUAGAAAUGGCCGUUGCAUAUUGGAAUUUAGUGUUAUCUGGAAGGUUUAAGUUUUUAGAUCUUUGGAACACCUUUUUAUUGGAACAUCACAAAAGAUCAAUCCCAAGGGACACUUGGAACCUUCUGCUAGAUUUUGGAAAUAUGAUUGCAGAUGACAUGUCUAACUAUGAUGAAGAAGGAGCAUGGCCUGUCCUCAUAGAUGAUUUCGUAGAAUAUGCACGGCCAGUCGUCACAGGUGGCAAACACAGCCCUUUCUAGGCAGAAAUGAAGAUGGAUGAGGAUUAUAAAAUGAACUGCAACCUGCAAGGAGACGUUUUGGUCGGUUUCUGGACACACAUGUCACUGAUUUCAGAAGUCCUCCUUGACCAGCCAUGGAACUGGAGUGACCAUCUCACUCAGCUUGAAGAAAGUGCUGGCCAAGCGUGGACACCGUAAAGAGAUCCUCGGAAGACAGCUGCUUUGGAGUGUCUGGGACGGGUCACGUAGUCGUUGCUUUAGGAGAUUUCUGCAUGAUCUUUAUAUUUAUGAAAAAGCACCUAGAGCCUGUUUGCGGACUGCAGAGCACGCAGUUAGUUCAUGACUUCAGGUGAACACCAGCAGCACCACACUCUGCUGAAUUACAUUGUAAUUACACUUAAAAAAAAAGUAUUUGUGCCCUUGGUAGGAUGUUGUAUUUUUAUACAAGUCAAAGCUGUUUAAAAUGUGCCCAAAAGAAAAUGACCUUGUCGUGGAUUCUAACCAUUUUUUUAAACUUGGUGCCAGGAAUUCAAGAUUUCUAUUUUUUGAAUUAUCAAAUAUCUAGAUUUACCAGAUCUAUUUUUGUUUUAAUUUUCUCUAGAUGUUCAUCUGAAAAUCAUUUUAUAGUUUUUAAUAGCCAUUACAGUUUCCACAGCGGCGGCACAUGUAGUAUGUGAUAAUUCCGGGAAAGUUUUAUUUUCAACUGUUUACAAGUCAGCAGGUCUAUUUUACUUCUAAUAAUGUCAUUUGAACUUCCUAAGAAGUUUUUUUUUUUA